AUGUUCGUCUCUGUCUCCCUCAGCUGCUUGAUGAACCAAACCUGCACUGUGACCGGUCCAGCUGUCAUCGACAUUCACAAAGGUGUUGCCUCUGCAGAAGGUCGGUGUUCCUACACUCUGGUGUUGGAUUCGUGGGAUUUUCCCUAUCAGUUUCUGGCCAACUUCCGUGAACGGCGUCGUAAAGAUGUGAGCUUUGUGGACAGUGUGACUCUGCAACUGGGUGGCAGUGACAUUGUCCUGGGACAAGGUGGCAGAGUUCUGAUGGGCAACUCACCGCUGACCCUCAACAGCUCGGUCCAGGAGGUUCAUGGUGUCAAGCUCUCCAAGGACCAAACUGGAGUCCAUGCCCAGGUGUCAACAUGGGGACGCUCUGCUUCUCUGUUCUUUGAUGGCAACACAGCACAGAUCCACAUAGAAGUACCUGUUGGAUCAUCUCUGAAUGGUCUGUGUGGAAGCUCCAACAGUUUUUCGAGUUCAAAGUCCUCUGAGUACAGCUCCUCUAGCUGUGACACUGUGUACUCUGAAGCUGCAGACAGUACGAUCGACUGCAACGUGAUGACUGAACGCUGUAACAUCCUAAAGGAGGCGCCCUUCUCCUCCUGUAACACGGAGGUGGAUCCAGCUCCCUACAUAACCGCCUGCAAUGAGACUUUGUGCAAAUAUCCUGCAGUGGACGGUCUCAGGUGUCAGUUCUUGUGGGCCUACGCCAGAGCCUGCAGCCUGAGCAACGUCACGCUGGAGGGCUGGUGGUCUGAGGCUGAGUGCUCUUCCCCUGAGGUCUUUUGUCCCGACAAGAUCUGCAGUGAUCAUGAGUUCUGUGGCAUGAAGUCCAGCGGUGACAAAGUCUGCCUCUGUAGAGCUGUUUUUGCCUCCAGUUACAAAGAUUUAAAUUCUCUGGGUGAUCCAACGGUCUGCACACAGAACUCUGCAUCAGUCAGUCUGGUGGGUUGUCUCUUGGAGGAAAAAAACAUUGACUACUCUCUCUUACACCUCAAUGAUGAGAGCUGUAAGGGUGAGAUGGACCAGCAGAGCCACAUGGUAACUUUCAGCUUCAACAACAGCAACACCUGUGGUGCAGUGAUCAAGGCCAAUGACAGCCAAAUCACCUACAAGAACACCAUCGUAGACCAGAACACUACUUCUGCCAUCAUCACUCGUCAUGAUCAGUUCUACAUCGACUUUUUCUGCAUCCAUAUUCAGCCAGAAAUCAAGACUAUGUCCUUAACGAUCAAAGACAGCUCUGUGGUCCAACACAUCACAUCUGGAGGGUGGAAUUACACUGUAACCAUGAAGGCCUACACCAAUGGCGACCGAACACAAGCUUUGGAUUCCAACAGUGAUGUGGUGCUCAACCAGAAGAUCUGGGUGGAGCUGGACACCACAGGGUUGAAUGCAGGCUUGAUCGCCGUGGUGACGGACUCCUGCUGGGCAACAGGCCAGGAAUCGUCCUCCAGCACUCCCAAACAUGAUCUGAUCAAGAAUAGCUGUGCAAAUGCUGUUGAUCAGACAGUGGUGGUGGAGAGAAACGGAGAUGGAACCUCCAGCUUCUUCUCCUUUAACAUGUUCAAGUUCACUGGGAGCUCUACUGACGUCUACCUGCACUGCAAACUGAAGCUGUGUGUCAGAGAGGGGAACAGCUGCAUCCCGGAUUGUUCUGGUGGAGCUAAAAGAAGACGCAGAUCUGUCAGAUAUGAACGUGGAGCUUCAGCCUUUGUCAGCAUGGCUUGGAUUAAUUAG